CUUACCUUUUCAACGUGUAUCAGCAGCAUCAGUCAACGUUUAUGUUUGAUCCCUCAGACUCUCACUGACGACAACGCGGACUCCAACACCGCCUCCUUCAUGGACCUGAUCAGAACUCCAAAAAUGAGGAAACACACCCUCAUCCUCAGCUACAACUGGUUCACCAGCGCCAUCGUCUACCAGGGUUUGAUCAUGAGGCUGGGUAUCCUCGGAGGAAACGUCUACAUCGACUUCCUCAUCUCCGGUCUGGUGGAGUUCCCUGCAGCCUUCCUCAUCCUCUUCACCAUCGAACGUAUUGGACGACGUCUUCCCUUCGCCUCAGCUAACAUCGUAGCCGGAGCCUCCUGCUUCAUCACCGCCUUCAUCCCAGACAGUAUGUUCUGGUUUAAGACGGUGGUGGCCUGCAUCGGUCGGCUGGGGAUCACCAUGGCCUUUGAGAUGGUGGUGUUCGUCAACACUGAGCUCUACCCGACGUUUGUCAGGAACCUGGGAGUGUCUGUUUGCUCCACUCUCUGUGACAUCGGAGGCAUCGUAGCUCCGUUCCUGCUCUACAGGCUGGCCGUCAUCUGGCUGGAGCUGCCGCUUAUCAUCUUUGGGUCUCUGGCUUUCGUGGCCGGUGGCUUGGUGCUGCUGCUUCCUGAAACCAAAGGCAUGCCGCUGCCUGACACGAUUGACGACAUCGAGUACCCAGACAAGUGA